GACAUCUGUAACUGAUAAGAUUUCUCAAGUGGCGAUAGUCAGCAAUUAAGCGUGUCGUGUUAGAUACUUAUCACCACACACGGCUGCAGCGAUCAUUCUCCUCACCUCCUCGCAUCUCAGUAAGGCGUCACAGGGCGGAGGCAAGAAGGUCCCAAGAUGACAACUCGCUGGAGGCAGAAAGUCACUUUUGCAGCAGCCGUGGUACUCCUUAUUGUGGCACUGGGCUUGGGCAUCUUCGUGUGGACGGCGGUCUCUAAUGGUGUCUUCACACCGCGCCCCGCCAGCAUUAGGCAUAGGAUAAAUAUCAGUGACAAUCAGGAGUCUUCCAGUGGGAAUAGAAGCUCUCUCAACGCGAUUAGAGACUCCUCUAAUCAUCAUCAUUUGCAUUCAUCAACAUCAUCCACGUCGCCGGCGUCCAGCGAGUUGGACUCCACAGAGAAGACGCCUCCGCGGCAGCAGCCAGACAUCGAUGUGUCGCAUUUCGAUUAUGAGAAUAUUCCAAUGAGCAAUGCGGAGUACGUGAAACCGUCGAAAAUUCAUACUCAACCCCUCCAUGCAGAUGAUCUGCUAUACGAGUCCAAGAAUCUAGAGACUGCAACGAGUAACUUAGAAAAUCAUCGAAUUACCGGACACUUUCGUAAUAAAUCGAGUCGAAUAUGGGACCCACAUCCACAGUAUGAGAUUGACGCCUUUGGUCUUCACAUGCAUUUAAUCCUUUAUCAGGCUGCUAACUUCAUGCACACCGACUUAAAGGUGACGCAUAUCUGGCCGAACGAGACACUGAGACGGAAGGUGGAUCACCAAGAGCAAGAAUCUCUGCAGGGAUGUUUCUAUCGUGGACACAUCCGAGGCGAUGAGAAGUCCUUUGUGUCGGUGAACCUCUGUGACGGAAUGAGAGGACACAUCAGAACAUCGUCUGGCUCAUUCUUCAUACAACCCGUGGAGAAGUACACCAGCGACAAUGAAAAUAUUCUCCACAUUGUCUACAGAUUGCCUAUAAACAUGAAGCCACAUGAUGAACUGGAAUCCAUGGAAGAGAAUUCCAGCAAUUCUGCAUUUGAAAAUGUUGGAGACAUCUACUCGCCCAGCGGCGACGAGGAUUUGGCGGCUUCGCGGGAGGCCGGGACGCACGUGAGGAAGAAACGAAGUCAUCACAGUAUGAUGUCCCACAAUGAGUAUACGAUGGAGAUUCUCGUGGCGGUGGACAAGAAGAUGCAGGAAUACCACGGGGAUGCCAUUCAGGAGUACGUUCUGACACUCAUGUCCAUUGUGUCGAGCAUCUUCUCAGAUGCCAGCAUUGGAAAUUCCCUGAACGUGGCUGUAGUUCACAUUCUCCUGCUGAAGCAUGAUCUCGUACCCAACUCCAAUCACAUAGGUGUCUCGGCGUCCAGCAUGUUGGCGGAAUUCUGCAAAAUGAAGCAGCGCUAUCACAGUUUCCAGCACGACACUGCCCUGUUGCUUACUCGCGAGCAAAUUUGCCGAAACGCCAAUGAGACCAAGUGUGACACAUUGGGACUGGCGGAACUCGGGACCAUGUGCCGAACGACGUCUUGUUCGCUGGUGCAGGACAAUGGACUGUCGGCGGCAUUUACAAUAGCCCAUGAAUUGGGUCACGUCCUGAGCAUGCCUCACGAUGAUGAUCCCAAGUGCGGGCAAUUCCAUGGACCAAAGAAACACAAGGAUUUUAUCAUGUCGCGAAUGUUGGAUCACAACACCCAUCCAUGGGCCUGGUCAGACUGCUCACGGCACUUUAUCACGGAGUAUCUGGAAAACAACCACGGAAGUUGCAUGCUGAACAAACCGGAGCGGGAUAUGAUCGAACCCAACAGCGCCCAUGCCAAGCUGGCCGGUGAGAAAUUCACAGACGACCAGCAAUGCGAAUUGGUAUUCGGACCAGGCACCAAGAUCUGCUCGUACAUGCCCGUCUGCACUUCUCUGUGGUGUACAGCGGGCGAGAUGGAUGACCAGGGAUGCCGCACGCAGGCGAUGCCCUGGGCGGAUGGAACAUCUUGUGGCGAGAAUCAGUGGUGUCAGAAGGCGCACUGCGUGGAUCGCAACAGGAGUGCCCUGAAGCCAGUGGACGGCGGAUGGGGUUCAUGGAGCUCGUAUAGUGAGUGCAGCCGGUCUUGUGGAGGUGGAGCGCAGUUCAUAACGCGGGAGUGCAAUGCUCCGGAGCCUAUGAAUGGUGGAAAGUACUGUGUUGGUGCGAGGAUAAAGUACAAGUCCUGCAACACACACAGUUGUCCAAUUGGGACGCUAGAUGCGAGAGAAGAACAAUGUCGGGAACUGGACAACAACAACUUCGACAUUGUGGGCAUCCACAAGAACGUAAAGUGGGUGCCCAAAUACGGAGCUUCACCCGCUGACGAGUGCAAAUUGUAUUGUAGAGUUCAUAAGACCAAUCAUUAUUUUCUUCUUAAAGAUAAGGUGAAAGAUGGAACCCCAUGCUCACCGCAGAGCUUCAACAAGUGCAUCAAUGGCAUCUGUCGACCGGCAGGAUGCGAUAAUGUCCUCUACUCAUCGGCAGUCUUGGACAAAUGUGGGGUGUGCAAUGGAAAGAACGACACGUGUGAGGAUGUCUUUGGAAGCCUGAGCCAUCAGCACUUCUCUGAAGAUAUCAGCAACCGAUCGACCUUCUAUUAUCGAGUCACAAUGAUCCCCAAGGGAUCCACGAACAUCGAGAUCACGCAGCCUGGCUACGGCGAUGAUCACAACUACAUCGCCCUGAUGGAUGACCAGGGCAAUUAUCUCCUCAAUGGAGAGAAUCUCAUCACACAGUACCCAAAGGUGUUCGCCUAUGCCGGAGUCACAUUUGACUACAAUGGCGCCUAUUCUGCUACGGAACGCGUGAAUUCGACGUAUGCGCGCCACCUGAAGCGCGACCUCAUCGUUGAGGUGCUCUCGGUCCGACCAAUGGACCGCGAGAUUAGCGAAAAUCUCAUUCAGUAUUCAUAUUCAACGCCAAAGCCAUCGUAUGGUGUGGAGAAGAGCAUUCCGCAGAUCACAUCCACAACCUCUCUGUAUAACCAUCAUCGAAAUACAAUGCCCUAUCAGUGGAGGAUGAGCGAGUGGAGCCGCUGCAGUCAGCUGUGCAUUGGCAAGCAAUCCCGGACAGCAGUGUGCAUUCAAGUGGACAGUAAUGCCAAAGUGCCAGCCAACUACUGCCACAGUCAGCAAAAAUCACCGGAUGAGUAUGAAGUGUGCAACACCGACUGUCGCUUGGAUUGGGAGCUCACCAAGUCCGACUGCUCCAAAUCCUGCGGCGAGGGCGUACGCACGCUCAAAUACAUUUGUAUCCAGCUGUACGUUCAAUCUGGACAGAAACAUAUUGUGGAAGAUUCUCAUUGUCAGCACAUCUCGAAACCCUCGACGAUCACGUAUGAGAAAUGCCAGGGAGCCUGUAAAGAUGCCACGUGGACGUAUGGCGGAUGGGAACCGUGCACGGAAACAUGUGGAGGCGGAUUGCAAAACCGAUCAGCGACAUGCUUAUCUCACGUUGAUGGGUUUCCCAUUGAUGGUAGCUACUGUAGCAAUUUGGCCAAGGAAGAAACGGUACGGAAAUGCAAUAUAGAGUCAUGUCCGGAGUGGGCUUACGGGGAGGAGACACCGUGUUCUGUAACGUGUGGUGAAGGCAAAAGAACGGCAGUAAUUUACUGUAAGCAAAAUAAUGUGAUCGUCAAUUCUGUUCUCUGUCGAAGUUUUCCACGUCCUGUUGGUGUCUAUACAAAUUGCACAAUGCCUCCGUGUGCUGAAAAGGUGUCUGACAUUUCUUCGGUGGGUUACUUCAACCAAAACUACGAUCCCCUGAUUUAUCGCAGCGGACACAGAGAGAUGUAUGAAGUCCAACACACUAUGCCAUCUUCAACCCCGAGAGGCUUAGUGACCACCUCAAGCACUACAACCACCCUCGCCCCAAUUAUAAAGCUAUAUCAGUGGCGAGCUAGCCUUUGGGGUCAUUGUUCAGUGUCCUGUGGCAGUGGUGGCAUUAAGAUGCGCAACGUCAGGUGCUCCCUUAAGUCAGAAUCUGGCUAUGAAUACGUGGCGGACUCAUUCUGUGAUCCAGCCAAGAAGCCAGUCAACAGAGCCAACUGCUCAGACAUCCGAUGUCCUGAAUGGAACUUUGGGAUCUGGAGUGAGUGUGGGGACGAUUGCACGAGAAGAAGGCAUGUUAUCUGCCAAGAUCAUCGAGGUCAGGUGGAUGACAAAUUCUGUCCAAUGAGCUUGAGACCACCGCAAAGAGAGAACUGUUGCCACUACCGAUGGCGUAGUGUCUGGUCACCGUGCUCAGCAACUUGCGGCCACGGAAUUCGAACAAGACAGAGAGUGUGCAUGAGAUUGAUGCCAAGAUCCAAAUCGAAUCCUCAUCCUGUGAAGACAGGAAAACGCGUAGAUCCCAGAUAUUGUCCGACAGCAGGCUCUGUAGUGACCUUUAAGAAAACAACGAGGCCUUGCAAGAAACUCUGCGAGUUUCGCUGGGAGACGUCCGCCUGGUCAAAGUGCUCUCCGGGCUGUGGAGCUGGAAUCUCCACGAGGAACGUCACCUGUACCAAUGGCAGAGUCAUCUCCACCACGGAGUGCAAUGGGAUCGCGAAGCCGGCAAAGGUCAAGUCCUGCGAAGCGAGAAGUCACUGUGCAUGGAUAAUUCACAAGGGAAAGAAGAACUGCACUUGCAGUGGAUACGUGAAGAGGAGGGUCAUUUGCAUGGACACGCUGAGGAAUGUGAGAUCCAACAGUUGCUCCUACAGCGAUCGACCACCCAUGAAGCAGCGUUGCCAGCCGCCGCCAAACUGCUCCUGUCGCAGUGUUCAACACUUUAUGGGCACAAGGAAGGACGGGGAGUACAUGAUGAACGUGAGAGGCCGCCAUGUGAACAUCUACUGCCAUCGGAUGAACACCUCGACUCCCAGGGAGUAUCUGACGCUCAAGGUGGGCUCCACUGAGAACUACUCCAUGUACUACGACAAGAGGUCCAAUGACCGCUCCCAGUGCCCCGACAGUCAGCACCACAUGUUCACUGACCAGACCAUCCCCUCGGGCGUCACCAGAUACAGCAAGGUGCGCCUCAACCUGCACACUCUGCAGGUCAUCAAUGAUGAUUUUGCCUUCGCUCACACGUCGGGACACACGCAACCCUUCGCCUCGGCCGGGGACUGUUUCAGCAUUACCGAACGGUGUCCCAAGGGUGUGUUCUCGGUGAACUUCGAGGGCACGGGCUUCAGGAUACGACCGAACACUCAGUGGGAGACAAAGGGCCAGAACGCCGCUAUCAUCUUCCAUCAGAAUUUGGAGCCGCCCUACUUCAAAGUCAUCGCCCGAUGUGGGGGCUACUGUGGCAACUGCUUCUCGUCCAAGAACCAGACACUCACCCUCGAUGUCCUGUAGUGAGUCCUCAUCAGAGCAUCCUGGCGUUCUAUCGUUGUAAGAAGCUUCUUCUCAAGUCUUCAUGGAAGGAGUGCUUUUUUCAUUGAUCCUGCGAGCCGCUCCUUUUUUCGGAGUGGUGGAUUCAAUGAUAAGUAUGAAAUGUAACCAGACAACAAAUUGCCAUAGCCUCGACAUUGAAUGGUGUCCACGGAUGCUGAGGAAAAUUUGGGGUAAAGAUCCGUUCUUCAGUUUGUGGGUGACUCUGCUUCAUGUAAAUUGUUCAUCUAUACAUUUAGGACAAAACACUAAGUAAUAAGCUUUAUAUUAAAACGCAUUAUUUAAAUAUUUGUGAUAUGUCUUUUUUCACGCAAGAGACGAAAUUUAAUAUGAAUUACUGUAUUAGAAGAAAAAGCGAAAAAAAAUAUUGGAAAUAGAAUGAAAACGACAGAUAAAAAAAAAUUGGAGAAAUUAAAUGAUUGGAAAAAGUACAAAACAACUAAUUUAAGGAUGAAAUUGGGAUUGAAAAAAAACUUGAUGCACUUCGUAGUGGAAUUAAUCAACACUUCCGCCAUAUAAUUUUAGUGAAUGACUUAGUAAAACUUCUUCUCAUGUGCACAUAAUUUGCAAUUUGAUGUAUUUCGAAGUUGCGGACGUUUUACUCAAAUAUAGAAAUACUCAAGUUCCACAGAAGCAACCUACCGGUUUGAAAGGAUCUUUCAAACAAGUAUGAAAAAAUUGAGACCAAUACUUUAUUAUAUUGAACAUUAAAAGAUAGUUCUUCCCGUAUUUCCCCCUUUUGUCUCAUUUACAAAAUAUUAUGUCGAGAUAAAUGUGUACCAUAUAAAAUCAUUAAUUUUAUUGAUAAUUUCUAUAACUGCCGUAUGUUAAUUCAUAUAGUAGAUUUAAUUUAGUAAUGUAUAGAAGUUGUAGGCGAGGAGAAGAAUUGAAUGUUUUUGAACUUGGCCCACAGUAAAGAUGAAGCAUUUCUGACUUUUUGCAACAUAAAAAUAUCACCCAAAGGAAGUACCAUGUAAAGACUUUGCGAAGAAUUUUAAGCAUACCUUCAAGAGAUCUCCUCAUAUGACUUUUCAUUCAAGAGAAACCUUCAAUGAUAGUGCAUGAUUUUUCUGUGGGAACACUAUUCAUAAAUAAA